CCAAAAAUAAACCGCUAAAACAUCCCCCCACCAAAAUGAAAACAAGCUUUUUUAUGUGAACGAAUGAAAAAAGUGUAAUAAAAAUUCUAUACAAUUUUUCUCAUUUAGUUUGCCAAUAAAACUCGUCGUGUUUACAAGUGACAACCAGCAGGUUUUCUCUAAAAAAUUCGCAACGUUAAUCUUUGUUUGUUUUAGUAUAGCAAACAAACCAAACAAAAUAAAAGCUUUCCAAAACAACCACUACUACUACUGUACUGUACACUAAACCGUAUACAACACUCCACCACCAUCACUCCUGCGGCACGACGAGUAUAUACACUUUUUCUAUACAAUAUAAUUAAAUAUCAAAACAAAAAACAAUGAGUCGUCUUUUACUUAACAAUUCCAAUGCUGUUAUCCAGCGCGCUACUGCCGUCGCUGCUGCAUCUAGCAGUAAUAGCGUGAGAACAACAUCACCGGUGUUAUCAAAACAUGUAGCUCGUCGCUGGAAAUCGUUGUUGAUUCAUGUGAAUCAACGUCAGCUCUCCACAACAGCAUUCAGUCCGGCUCAAACAUUUAACGCGCGCACUAGUCGUCUCCUCAGUAAUACUAAUAAUAAUAAUACAACGGAAUAUUGUCGCGCUUUAACCACAUCUGCCGUAUUUAAUUCAUCAGACAAAAUGCCUGGACAAACUAAUAAAUGUUUGCAAUUGGAAAAUAUCAAUCCAAAUUUUAUUACCAUGGAAUAUGCUGUGCGUGGACCAUUGGUUAUAAGAGCUGGUGAAAUUGAAAGGGAAUUGAAAGAGGGUGUCAAAAAACCAUUCGAUUAUGUUAUUCGUGCUAAUAUUGGUGAUUGCCAUGCUAUGGGACAAAAACCCAUUACCUUCCUUCGUCAAGUAACUUUGAAUUUAACCUUCGAACCAGAACUCCUCAAUUCUCCCCAAUAUCCUGAUGAUGUUAAGGCUCGUGCUAAGGCUGUUUUGGGCUGUUGUCAAGGAGGUUCCGUCGGUUCUUAUACUGACUCUGCUGGUUUGGAAGUUGUACGCAAACAAGUAGCUGAUUUCAUUACCCAACGUGAUGGUGUACCUUGUGAUUGGCAUAAUAUCUUGACUGCCGGUGCUUCUCCCGGCAUCAAAAGUGUAUUGGCUUUGAUUAGAUGUCAUGUUGAUGGCAAGCCACCCGGUGUUAUGGUACCCAUUCCCCAAUAUCCUUUGUACUCGGCCACCAUUGCUGAGUAUGGCAUGCAAAAGGUUGACUAUUAUUUGGAAGAAGAAACUGGCUGGAGUCUAAGUCGCAAGGAAUUGCAACGUUCCUAUGAUGAGGCUAAAAAGACUUGUAAUCCACGUGCCAUUGUUGUUAUCAAUCCCGGCAAUCCCACCGGUCAAGUUUUGACCAGACAAAACAUCGAAGAAAUUAUUAAAUUUGCCUAUGACAACAACUUAGUUGUAUUGGCCGAUGAAGUGUAUCAGGACAAUGUUUACGAUAAGGAUUCAAAAUUCUUCUCCUUCAAAAAGGUCAUGACCGAAAUGGGUGGUCCCUAUAAAGAUAUGGAAUUGGCCAGCUUUAUGUCUAUCAAGGGUUAUUUGGGUGAAUGUGGUAUUCGUGGUGGUUAUAUGGAAAUCAUCAAUAUGUGUCCUAAGGUUAUGGCCAUGUUGACCAAAUCUAUCACCGCUUCUUUGUGUGGUACCACUGCCGGUCAAGUAGCUGUCAGUGCUUUGGUCAAUCCCCCCAAGCCUGGUGAGCCUUCCUACAAUCAAUACAUCAAGGGAGAUGGUAUUUUGGGCGCUCAGGAACGUGCUGAAUUGGUCUACAACACUUUGAGCAGUUUUGAGGGCUACAAAGUUAAUAAAGUACAAGGUGCCAUGUAUGUGUUCCCACAAAUCGAAAUUCCUCCCAAGGCUAUCGAAAUCGCCAAAUCCAAGAAUAUGGCCCCUGAUACUUUCUACGCCUCUGAAUUGCUAGAAUCUACUGGUAUUUGCAUCGUUGCUGGCAGCGGUUUUGGCCAAAACCCGGUACCUAUCAUUUCCGCAGCAACCAUUUUACCUCAAACCGCCGUCUUGAAAGAUAUGAUGAACAAAUUCCAAAAAUUCCAUGCUGAAUUUAUGCAAAAAUAUAAAUAGAUUAAUUUUUUUAUAUUAAAAUGUUAAUAAUUCUUUUUUCCUGUUAACGUGAUUUUGUAAAAAUUUUACACUAAGCUCUACUAAGUGUGAAAUUAGUUUAUUAGUUCUUUAUUUGUCUUUAUUUUCAUUUACAAAAAAUAUCUUGUUAAUUUUUAUUAUAUGUAUGUAUUUUAAAAAUAUAUAUACUAAUUAAUAACUAAUAUAAAACAUAUUUCAUAUUAGAUUAAAAAAAAAAACGAAACCCAAACAUUUAGCCAAACAUGAGAUUUUCUUGCAGAUUAUUAGUAUUUAAUUUUAUUCAUAUCGCUUGUUCAUAUCACCCGUAGUCAAUCGGCCAAUUUGAACGAUGAAAUGACAUUGUCUUUUUGUUUUUUGUUAUAUUUAACAAUUUCACAAAUGUAUCGAUGUGAAUUCUAAAUUCUGUAUUUUGUAUAAUGAUUAAUUAAAGACGGACAA